UUUUAUUGUCGUCAAGAUUCUUUGUACGGAGAAUUAGAAGUUUCUUUUUCGUGAAAUAUGGCGUCCAUGGCGAUCGGCGUCAGCUUGUCGAUGAUGACAAGCGGGAUAGGAGUAGGAGACGAUGUUGCUCGAGUAGCGAGGACACUGAAGCUGAAUCAUAAAAAGUCACGGAGCGAGAGUACACGCAGGUUUUUGAGUAUGAAGAGACGUCGUGGCUCAGGAGCUAUACGAACCGUCUCGAAGUCGGUCGUUGCUGACGGAGACGGAGAAGAGAAGAAGACUCAGAAGAAUCUGAGAGUUGGACUCAUUUGCGGAGGUCCGUCGGCGGAGCGCGGGAUUUCACUCAACUCUGCUAGAUCAGUUCUCGAUCAUAUUCAGGGUAACGGUAUAAGCGUGAGCUGCUAUUAUAUAGAUCCUGAUCUCAGAGCUUUUGCAAUUUCCCCCGCUCAGCUGUACUCGAAUACUCCGUCAGAUUUUGAUUUCAAGCUCGGGAGUCUUGCACAGGGAUUCUCUUCAUUAUCAGCAUUGGCCGAGCACCUUGUCUCCGCUGUGGACAUUGUCUUCCCUGUCAUUCAUGGUCGAUUUGGUGAAGAUGGGUGUAUUCAGGAGCUGUUGGAGAGUCAUAACAUUCCAUUUGUUGGUACCGGAUCCCGUGAAUGCCGCCGAGCCUUUGACAAGUAUGAAGCCUCUUUGGAGCUCAAGGAACAUGGGUUCAUGUCAGUACCAAACUACUUGGUGCAGGGAACUGAAGUAGACGAAAGUAAAUUAGCACAGUGGUUUACAGAUAACCAGCUGGACCUCGAGGUGGGAAAAGUCGUGGUAAGCAUCCGGGUAAAACCAGCUAGAGCAGGAUCAAGCAUUGGUGUCAAGGUUGCUUUUGGCGUUAAUGAUUCAGUUAACAAGGCUAUUGAGCUUAUUCUUGAGGAAAUUGAUGAUAGGGUUGUUGUUGAGGUGUUUAUUGAAAAUGCAUAUGAGUUCACUGCCAUCGUCCUGGAUGUGGGAUCUGGUUCUGAUUGCCAUCCUGUUGUGCUGUUGCCCUCUGAGGUGCAACUUGAGUUCCAUGGCAGUGGUGAUCCGAAGGAAGAUGUUAUCUUCGACUACCGGAGGAAGUAUCUGCCGACACAACAGGUCACUUAUCACACUCCUCCUCGUUUCCCUAUCGAUGUUAUCAAAAGUAUCCGUGAAGAGGCCUGUCUUCUAUUUGAAAAGCUAGGUCUUCGUGAUUUUGCUCGCAUCGACGGAUGGUAUUUGACUCCCACUUCAAAUUUAUCAUCAGCUGCAGAUGAAACGAUUGGAGGACGCAAGUUAGGGGAUAUUAUGUUCACUGACAUCAACCUGAUAAGUGGUAUGGAGCAAACUAGCUUUCUCUUCCAGCAGGCUUCUAAGGUGGGGUUUUCUCAUUCAAACAUUUUGCGAACAGUCAUCCACCGUGCUAGCUCAAGGUUUCCCCAUCUUACUUGCUAUAAUUAUGGGUCUAGUCAUUUACUCCAAGGGUCAACAACCCUGGAAACCUCCGGGGACAUCCAGAAAGUGUUUGUCAUAUUUGGAGGAGACACUUCAGAGCGGCAGGUCUCCGUCAUGAGUGGAACAAAUAUCUGGAUUAAUUUGCAAAGAUUUAUCGAUCUCAAAGUAACCCCCUGCUUGCUUUCCCCAUCACGUAGCAACUCGUCGGGUGCAUUUCGGGACAAAACUGAAUCUGAUUUGGACAGCAGAGAAGUCUGGUUAUUACCCUACUCUGUUGUUCUAAGGCACACUGCUGAGGAAAUUCGUGCAGCGUGCUUGGAAGCAAUUGAGCCUGAUCGGGCUCUAUUUACAUCUUUACUGCAGAAGCAAGUGAUGGAGGAUCUUAUGGAUGGUUUGAAGAAUCAAAGCUGGUUUGCAGGGUUUGAUGUAACAGACGGAGUGCCCAUGAAAUUUUCGUUGAAAGACUGGAUCAAGCUCGCCAAGGAAGCUCAAGCAAUCGUUUUCAUUGCAGUGCAUGGAGGAAUUGGGGAAAAUGGUACGCUUCAGGCCUUACUGGAGGAUGAAGGAGUUGCUUACACAGGUCCAGGCGUACUAGCUUCAAGGACUUGCAUGGACAAGGUUAUGACAUCUCAGGCUCUUAGUCAUCUUUCAGAGUUUGGAGUUCAUACCAUAAGCAAAGAUGUGAAGAGAACAGAGGAUAUAAUGCAUGAGACCGUCUCAAACAUUUGGGAUGAAUUGAUCACCAUGUUUCGGUGUCUGACCCUGUGUGUUAAACCAGCAAGGGAUGGAUGCUCCACUGGUGUUGCAAGAUUAUGUUGCUCUGAAGACCUUGCUGUAUAUGUACAAGCUUUGAAAGAUUGUCUACCAAGGAUUCCUCCAAAUACUCUUUCUAAGGCUCAUGGAAUGAUUGAGAUGCCAAAUCCUAUCCCCGAGCUAUUGAUUUUUGAACCAUUUGUUGAGACCGAUGAAAUCAUAGUUUCAUCAAAAGCCAAACAGCAGCUCUCUUGGAAAGGUAGGAGGCGGUGGGUAGAGAUAACCGUGGGUGUAAUCGGAAAGCGUGGGUCAAUGCAUUCACUGAGUCCUAGUCUUACUGUCAAGGAAAGUGGCGAUAUAUUGUCACUCGAGGAGAAGUUCCAAGGCGGCACUGGCAUAAACCUUACUCCGCCUCCACCAACAAUCAUGAGCAAGGAUGCUUUGGAAAGAUGCAAACAAGGCAUUGAGCUGAUUGCUGAAACUCUUGGGUUAGAGGGGUUUUCACGGAUCGAUGCUUUUGUGCACGUUGAAACCGGAGAGUUGCUAGUUAUAGAGGUGAACACAGUUCCCGGAAUGACUCCUUCCACUGUAUUAAUCCAACAGGCAUUAGCAGAGCAGCCGCCAAUGUACCCUCCUCAAUUCUUUCGCACACUACUCCAUCUUGCUACACACAGAGUCGAGUAAGAUCUUCUUUAUUCUAUUUUGUUCCUUUUUUCCCAAGUUUAAUAAGAAAAAUCAUUGUUGUAAAUCCGCUGUCUUCAUCAUUUUAUUAAAAUUUAAAAUUUAAAAUGUGUAUAGUGUAAUUACCUUGGAAUGUGCAGUAUUGUAUCAUACGUCA